AUGGCAGAGCAUGGAAAAAAUGGGGAACGAGGAAGUGAGGAUAAAGGAAACGGAGGUGGUGCUCCUCUCCAGAAACCGGACAGCCUCACCCCAGCUGGCGCCACCUCCACUGGGACAAAGAGACAUCUCCCCCGGGGGAUUGUGAUCCAGCUGACGGGGACGGAGGGAGAGUGGGACAGCUUGGACGACAGUGAGCUCAUCUUCUCUAUUGACCAUGAUGAGGACUACCCCUCGAUAUCACUCCCUAAGGAGAGGCAACUUUCCAUCGAGGAUGACCGAGGCCAGCAGGCCCAAGCUUUCCACGUCCCUCUUUCUCCCUCGUCUCCCGGCUCAUUGGGGAACAUUUCCGCCACGGGGCCCAGCUUCCUCUCUCCCGGCCCUUCCUCACCCACCCACCGGCCCCUGGCAAGCCUUGUCAAGUCUCUCUCCACAGAACUGGAGCUGAAAGAAAGUUCCACUCUCAGACCCAAACCCUUUCUCAGCCUCGUGAAGUCGAUCUCCACAGAGAUCUCCCGCUCGGAACCCGAGGUGUCACAGUCCAAAUCGGACUCCCGCCUCAACCUCCACCUGUGGAAGCAGCUGACGCAACCAAAAACCCGCAGCAAUGGGGACUCUCGUACCGCUCCCCCAUCUCCUAGCUCACUGUCCCCCAGUGGAGAGGGUCUGAAAGGGGGUUUCUUCAAAAUGGAGCUGGAGGACACCAAGAGGAAGCUCUCGGAGGCGGUGCAUGAACCUCUGAGCAACAUGUUCAGCAAGAUCAUGAGGGAGGAAAGUGGAGGCAGCCCCAAACACCAGGGCAAGACCCAGGUGUCUCACCAGAUCAGCUCCAGAGGUUUGGGACGGGAAAGUAGCACAGAUACGGUGCUUUCAGAGUCUCCUGUGAGAAACUCUAGAAAAACUGAUGCUGAUUCUUUUUCUGUGUUUGAGUGGCCUUCUGUAAGACAUCUGGGGAGAAUUCACCACAGCCCUUGCCCCGUGCAUCACCACAGACAGCAUCACAGGGACGAGGAGCUGGAAAUAUAUGCAGAUGGUGAUGUGAUGCAAGUCUUAGCCAUCGAGACUCAGAGGCAGGCGAGGAGGUCGACUGGUUCUCGGGCUCAAGCAGCACCCCUGGUUCGAAGCUCUCCUGUCCCUCAGCCACCUCACCCCCUGCCAAGAAUGAGCUUAUUCUGUGUGGCAGUGCUGUCCUAUGGCUACUUCAUCCUACCUCUCAGUCCAUACUUCUCCGGCCUGGCUCUGGGGUUAGCGUUGGGCUUCUUGUUGGGACUGUUCCUCAUUAGGAUGGGCUCCUCGAGGUCCAACUGCUCAGCCCCCACAUACAGACCAUCACAGACGAUGUUGGGAGAAAGGAUUCUGACAGGUGGAACUGUCAGCACUGAGCCUGACACCCUGAAGGGCUGGAUGAAUGAGGUACAUGAUUACGACCCAGAAACCUGCCAUCCGGCUCUGACUCACUCUGUGUUUGCCACCCUGGAGGGCUCCUGUCUCCGUCUGGACUCCCCACGUUCUAACAUCAGCCGCAGGGCCACGUACGAUGAGAGAGUCCACGAGGCCACCUUUGUCAAGUCACGCUGCUUUCAGCUUGCAAGGAGCAAAGUAUUCCUUCUGCCAUCUGUGUUGGCUCGGAAGAGGGUGUGGAACCCAAAGUAUCCCAUCUGCAUCCAGCUAGCCGAGGGGGCAAAAUCCCAGGAGGAUGAGGGACGAACGUCGGAGGAGAGCCGAGGAGAGGAGCCGGGAGCCGAACCGGCGAGUCCAAAACCAAGUUCCUCCAAACAUCCCGCCAUCCUUUACCUCUUUGGCCGAACGGGACGAGAGAAAGAAGAGUGGUUUCGUCAUUUCCUGCUUGCAUCCGUGGAUGCAGAGAGAGAUAAGGAGAGGGACAGACAGAGGCCUGGCAGAUGUGUAAACAUUUCCUGCAUAGUUACAGGUGACCCAGCGCCGAGUGUUACCGCACAGGUUCACGUCCCGAGCAGCGGAGGCUCCAGCAGGGUGGGCAGCAGCGACGAUGACGCUCCCUCCACACCUCCAGUGGCCUCCGCCUCCGCCGUUCCAUCCAGCAGCACCAGGGGCCUUUCCGUGUUCGACUACCCCAGCUACAUGGCUCGUCUCCUGGCUGCAGAGGAGCCCACCCCCCUCUCCAGUCCCGGAGGCAGCAGCACCGAAUGUACCUGUGAUCUAACAGAGGACCCUGGGAGGAGCCAAACUGCAUGGGUUAAUGCUUUAAUUGGUCGAAUCUUCUGGGAUUUCCUGCGAGAGAAGCACUGGGCGGACGCCGUCUCCCACAAGAUCCAGAAGAAGCUCAGCAAAAUCAGACUGCCUUACUUUAUGAAUGAACUGACUCUCACCGAGUUGGAUAUGGGCUGUUCUAUGCCGCAAAUCACUGCUACCUCCAGACCAGAGGUUAACCACAGAGGCCUGUGGGUGGAGCUGCAGCUGGUCUACACUGGUAACCUGCAGAUGACCCUGCAGACCAAGUUCAAUCUGUCCAAGCUGGGUAAAGAGGGCGGUCAGGAUACGAUACACUGUGUGACUGACAUGGGAAGUCCACGCUGCCGGCCGGUCCUCAGUGUGUUGGCGGACAGUGAUGAGGAGUCCUCCAGUGCUGGUUCGUCUGAUGAGGAUGAACUGCUUCUCUCUGAGCCUCAGGGUCCAGUGGGAGAGAAGGGAUCCACAACAGCAACCGAAGGGACUGGGGGUGGAAGGACUGGAAGGAAGAUUUUGAGAUUUGUGGACAAAAUCGCUAAAUCCAAGUACUUCCAGAAAGCGACAGAGAACGAGUUCAUUAAGAAGAAGUUUGAGGAGAUGUCCAACACGCCGCUGCUGCUCACUGUGGAGGUUCAAGAGUUGUCAGGACCUCUGGUGGUUAACAUCCCACCGCCCCCCACAGACAGGAUAUGGUACAGCUUCUGCGUCCCUCCCAAGCUGGAUCUGCAUGUUCGUCCCAAACUGGGGGAGAGGGAGGUGACUUUCUGCCAUGUGACUGAGUGGAUUGAAAGGAAACUGCAGGAUGAGUUCCAGAAAGUGUUUGUACUGCCAAACAUGGACGACAUCUACCUACCCCUGAUGCAUUCUGGGGUGGAUAGUCCUCAAGCCUCCGAGUCCCAGCGGUCCCAGAGCUCCUCCACAGAAUCCAUAGAGAGGAUCCCACCCGAGAUCUCCGGGGCAGAAUCUGACUAGUGCCUCACCGUUGAAGAUCAAUGGAGUACAAUACAAGAAGUUACCUUUGCCUCUAUAGACUUCAGUAGCUCUUAGGCCGACUUACUAACACUCGUGUUUGUGUCUAAACCGAGAGUUUCUAAAAGUCAGAUGUUCAGCGCUGUAGGUGUUCAGUUGGGGUUUGUUUGUAUCAUGUAAAAAAAACAGAAUAAUGAUUUGGUAUUGUCAGAGUACAUGCUGUGAAACAUCUACAAGUGAUACCUUUUGCAAAUGUUUACAUGUGAAUGUUCCCAAUGAGAUUAUACAUAUCUAUAUAUUUAUUUACUGAUGAUUUGAUGUUUACAACUCAGUGUCACUUUGGAUAAUGAGAUGAUGGAUAUUAUUAAGUAAAAGCUGGAAAAACGCUCGUCUGCUGAUUCCACCAAAUGACAGUUACACACAGAGUAGAGACACAAAAAGCACAUGUGAACACCAUAGAAAGAACUCCAAAGAAAACAUGUCUUAAUAUUUUAAGAGAUCUAUUAUAGAUUAACUCAAAUGAUAAAUUUACAACAGAAUAAAAAAAAUAAAAGGAUCCUGAAAGGGCA